AGAACCACAGCCCAUUCAUGCAUGCUUGUUGUCUGUCUUGUUAUCAGCUUUGAUUUGAGAGGUAACUGCAUGACUUCAGUCAACAAAGUUCUGAACUUUUUUACAUGGUUCGUUUAUGAUAUGGACAUUUUUCAAAAGAUCCUGCUGAUAACCUGAGUCAAGUAAUUUACAAGCCAUCCUAACAGCAUAAUGCUAUAAUGUUUACAGCAAUUUACAAAACUGUUCAAAAUGCUUUAUCGUCUGACUUGCCAACACACGAUGAUGAUUCUACCGACGGCAGCCGAAGUGACUCCGACAUACCUUCAUAUCCAGCGCUACAAAGCUCUUACGAUGAUAGUAGUAGUGAAUUUGAAGCUGCAGAUGUUGAAGUUAAGAAUAUCAAUGGCAAGGUUACUAAACUUCUGAGUGGAUAUGGCUUAAUUGAUGAGGAAAUAUAUUUCUCGUUUGAUAGCGUGGUGGCUCAGUUCAGGCCUAAAGUAGGAGAUCGAGUUAGUGCUAUUGUUUAUCGCGACCGAAAGGGGUGUGGAUGGAGAGCGAAACAAGUAAAUGUAGAAUCCAAAGAGUGGGGUAUUGACAACGAUGAUGGACCGGAAGAUAUGAUUGGAAUAAUAACAAAAGCAACGAGAAUAGAAACCGUUAUUAACGACGUGCUUCAAUGCACCCACGACUCUAUUGUUCAGGGUUAUCGGCCUUAUAGUGGUGAUUGGGUCCAAGCAUGCACAUACAAAGAUCGAGAGACGGGGACCACCUUGGUAAAAGACGUGCAUCCCCUACGUGAACUGAAGAUAUACGGGACGAUCACACAUGUAUAUGUUGGCUACGGCUUUAUCGAUGAUAGAACGUACUUCGCAUUUUCAGCAUGCGAGUGCGGAUAUGCUCCACACAAAGGGGACAGGGUAGUUGCACAUUGCAUUGAGUCUAAACAGAAGCGUGGAAAUUGGCGAGCAAUUAGUGUAGAAUUGAAAAGAGAAAAACAGUUACCUAGACCAGAAGACCUUGUGGUUGGUCCACUGCAGCUGAUAAAGGCGGACCUUAUGAAAGACAAAUGUGGCAUAAUGAUUACCGACAAAUUAGACUUUGGUGUGGUUAUAACCGGAAAAACUAAGAAAAUCAACUUCUGGAUUCGUAAUGUUGGCAUUGGACUUCAAGUCCUGAAAAACGUCAGUGUCUGCAAUCUGCAUUCUGAGAUCACCAUCGAUUUUCCCGGAGUUACUAAAAAGGAUGAAAACAAGAAGGAUGGAAAGAAAACGGAAGAGGAUGAUCCACCUCCUCCCUUUUCCUCUUUGACGAUCCUCCCGGGAUGUGCUUCACAGGGCACCAUCACAGUGAAAACACAAAAUUUAGGCAAGUUUCGUGAACUUGUGACCUUUGACUUUGGGAGUUUUGAAAUUGGUCGCCAUGUCUACAUGGAAGUCCUAGACGAGAUGAUUAAACUGUUAAAGUCGUCCCAGGAAGACUCAACUCACAGACGAGGAAGUUUAUUACAGAAAUACAAAGAUCAAUAUUUUCAUUCACAAACUGGAAUGUCGGUGCUUGGAGUGAAGCCAACAAGGACAAGUAAUUGGAAUACUCCCGUGAAGUUGAAAAAGCAUCCUGUACCUGAUGAGUUAGUUCAAUGUGUCCUGGAAAAACGAGAACUCGCCUCAUUCAUUCCAGAGCUUCUACAGUCAUUGUGCAUUGAAAACUAUUUUACAAGGUUCUCAACUUUACUUCAUUUAGAGGAAAUUAAGAUGGAAAUUGACAUCAGAAAAUAUGACCUAGAAAGGGAGAGCUUGCGAAAUCGUGGGGAAUACUUGGUUAUGAGUGUGGAUGGUCUUGCUGAAGGACGACCGUCUGUUCUUGUAGGGGAUAGAAUAAUCUUGACACCCAUUGAUGCCCCAUCAAACACUGUGAAGUAUGAGGGAUAUGUACAUGAGGUAUAUGGAGAGGAAGUGCUUUUAAAAUUCCAUCCAUCGUUUCAUGACAACUAUGUAGCAGAGGAGUACCACAUAUCUUUCACAUUUAGCAAGACAGUUCUGCAGCGCUGCCACCAAGCAGCAGAUAUGGCUGUUAUCAUGGGUAACAGAAUUUUAUUUCCAACGGCAAAAGUAAUUGGAGUGAAACCACCGCAAAUCAGCAUAACUUUCCCAGAGUCGCAACCACCUAUUAAGCCCACCUUCAAGAAACCAAUGAUCAUCCCUCGUGUUGCUGCUCCAGCUCGGGCUAGACGAGGAGUUGUGCCGCAUCAAAACUACCUGCCGAGAAAAUCACAUUCUGGUGGUUGUCAGUUCAUUGUUCCCAAGGCAGCAACAAGUGCUGUGCAGCCAGGUUCAAAGAGAGGAGAUGGUAAAGCUGUUGGCGAAUACUUUGAUAAGAAGUUAAAUGCUCGUCAGAAAAUAGCUGUUUUCAGAAUUCUUCAGGGACAGACAAGACCCACACCCUACAUUUUGUUUGGACCACCAGGAACUGGUAAAACAGUGACAGUUGUGGAGUCUAUUUUACAGGUUCACCACCAUGUCAAAAGCAGUCGUGUCCUGGCCUGUACGCCAUCAAAUAGUGCUGCAGAUCUUCUUACCAGUAGACUUGCAAACAGUGGGAGAGUAAAGCAAAAUGACCUAGUGAGACUCAACUCAUUUCGCCGAUCAGAGGAGAAUAUUGAUGAAAGUAUAAAACCUUAUUGUACUGAUGGACAAGUGCUUGAAAUAGUUGUUCAUCAUCGCAUCAUCAUAUGUACAUGCUCAACAGCUGGCUCGUUCUUCCAGCUCAAACUGCGUCCGGGACACUUUACUCACAUCUUUGUCGAUGAAGCGGGACAAGCAACAGAACCAGAAUGCCUUAUACCAGUUGCCCUGGCAACAGGAGAUGACUCACAGAUAAUUCUUGCUGGUGACCCCAUGCAACUGGGACCUGUGUUACAGAGUCCUCAUGCGAUUAAACUUGGCUUGAACCAAUCACUUUUAGAGAGACUGAUGCAGCGACCAGUCUAUCAGCGUGAUGAGAAGAAAUUCCGCGAUCACGGUAGCUAUGAUCCACUGUUGGUCACAAAGCUUGUCAAUAAUUACAGGUCGCACGAGUGUAUUUUACACAUACCGUCCAAUUUAUUUUAUCAUAACGAGUUAGUAGUGAAAGCUGAUGUGCAAAUACGGGAUAAGUUCAAAUCGUGGGAAUUGCUGCCAAACAAGAACUUCCCAAUUAUCUUUCAUGGUGUUCAGGGCGAGGAGCUUCAGGAAGGUAACAGUCCAUCAUGGUUUAACCCAGCAGAAGCUGUACAGUCAAUCAAGUACCUACAGGCCUUACUACAGCAGUCUCACCAGACAGUUGCAGUUACAGAUUGUGGUAUUAUUACGCCUUAUAGAAAACAGGGGGCCUAUGUGGUCUCAGAAGCUAGUUCUUAACUAAUCAAGAAAACUGGUGGAAAAUUAAGCAAUAGACCGAAUCGGCACCUCCAGCUAUUACCAGUCAUGAAACAUAGUGGGUACUAAAUGUAAACAAACCACAUCCUAAACCACAGUGCACUCAGUUUGAACAGAGUAUAUUUAUUUUUAUUUAUGUAAUCCUUCUUAAUACUGUAGGCACUUUCAGUACUAUAGUACUGAUUUUCAAUGUGGUACAGGGACGAGAAACAUAACAAUGUACAAUGAAUAAAAUAAUAUAAAAUUUGAGAGC